AUGCUGACCAAGGCCAAAGACCGCCAUACGCGCAAGCGUCCCUUUGCUGGCUGGAUGAAGCGCCUCGCCAACCUCAAGCCUUCGUCGUCGGACGCCCCCAGCAAGAAGAACAACACUACCAAGAAAGCCCUGUCCAAGAACAACCCCUACCCCGAGUCCGGCUACAUAGCCACGACCACGGCCACACGCGCCCCCGAAGAUGGCCUCUCUGUAUCCACGCCACGCUCCAACAGCUGCGCCUCGGUCGAGGAGCCGGCAGAGCCCCAGCGCCAGGGGGUCCAGAAGAGCAACAAGUCGACGGCGCCCACGGUCGCAACCCUCCCCGAGACGCUGCACUCGACAAGAUCAAAGGCCGAGACGGGCCGCAGCAACUUUGUCAACGGCGGCAGCACCUUUUCCUCGCCCAAUGGGUCCGAGCAUUCGCUUACGACCACGUUGACAACGAUACAAUCUACUGCGCCAUCCAACGUGCUCAACAUUGGCCACGCCCAGAACCACAACAACGCAGGCGGUUUGGCCGCUACGCCUGUGCACUUCUCCCACCAGUUCCCAACCUCGCCUCCGCCUUCAGCCAUCCCGCCGCACAUGGCCCCCCAGCAGCAGCCGCAUUCAUAUCUGGGCGCUACUGCAAACAACAUCCUGACUGACAAUGCCUCGAUUCUCACCCUCGCCUCGUCGUCCAAACGCCGCCGCCGCAACUCGGUAGACACCAACGCAUCCAUGCGUGCCCUAGCGCCUUCAUCGCAUUACGGCGGCAGUCGCGAGUCGCUCCCCCUCAGCGUCCUUUCCGCCAAUCCUGAAACCAUCUAUUCGCCGUCCAACAGGCCCAGCACCGUCAGCGCCUUUGUCAACGCAGAGCGCGCCAGUGUCUACUCGGCCUCUGGCGUCACGGCUCCUGUCCUGACGAGCGAGCGCAACAGCUACUAUGCCAACAAGCAGGCUGAUGGUCUGAGCGUUCGCAGCGGACUACUUGGCCACGGGCGUACUGAUAGCAUCAGCAGCAUUCGAGCCACGCCAACCAGCCCUCUCGCCAGCCCCCGCGAUCCUCUUGGACCUACCAGAGUCAGCCGCAAGAGCUCCGAGUGGAGGGAGGCGAGGGAGAUAAGCGAUGAGGACGAAAUACCCGCAAGCCCUAUUGUAGAAGAGUGCGAGACAAAGUGCAGCCCCAAGUGCAGCCCCAAGCCUGACCGCAAACUUGACGACAAGCCCGACGACAAGCCCGACGAAAAGCCUGAAAAUAAGGCUGAAAAUAAGCCCGACCCCAAGCCCGAUUCGCAGACUUGA